AUGCCUCUCGAUGUUGCCGCUCUUCUACUCGCUACAACUUGCUACACACCGACACUUUCCCCUCGGCCGAACAGGCUCUUCGUGUGUCCUGGGUGCCAUGGACAUGUAGGCGCAUGCGGACAGAAAGAGAGGGGACGAGCGAUGCGCUGGGGGCACGGAUUAAAGGGAGUUGCAAGACGGCUUGAUGCCUCGUCCACUUUGUCCGAGUGGGACAAUUGUUCGCAUUCCGAGACGGCGUCUCGACGUGUGGAAUGCGUUCAGGAGGGCCGGAAAUUGGGCACCAUUUCGAAGCAACUUGUCGUCUCUACAUUGGCCAGCAUCUUCUCGGGACUGGCUUGCUUUGGUUUAGUACAAAUUAAAAGGCAACAAAGGAUAAGCGCAACCAUUUGUGGCUGGCCAGUUUGCGGAAAUGCCAGAAAAUCCAACCUCUUCGACACUUGA